AUGAAAUCGACUAUUUUCGUGUUUGGCUUUUUAGCCAUGGUAGCUUUUACUUCUGCUAAUAAUGAUAAUAAUUAUAAAGAUAAUAAACAUGUAGAUAAUUACAACAAACACGAUCAUAAACACAAUCAUAAACACAAUGAUUAUGACAAUGAUUAUGAUGACAAGUAUAAAAAACAAAAAAAUAAACAUGGUGGUUAUCGUUUCAAACGUUCUCCCGCUCCCAAUGGUUACGACAAGAAGAAAAAUGACGAUUACGAUCACAAAGAUAACAAGGAUUAUAAUCCAUACUAUAACCCGUACGUCAAAGAUUACAACCCUUAUUAUAAUCCGUAUGUAGAUGACUAUGAUCACAAGAACAAGGAUAAUGACUACGAUCAUCACAAGGAUAAUAAUGACUACGACAAGCACGAUAACAAAAAACAAAAAUAUCAUAGACGUUCACCCGCUCCCAAUGAUAACGAUGAUUACAAGAAGAAAAAUGACGAUUACGAUCACAAAGAUAACAAGGAUUAUAAUCCAUACUAUAACCCGUACGUCAAAGACUACAACCCUUAUUAUAAUCCGUAUGUAGAUGAUUACGAUCACAAGAAGGACAAUGACUACGAUCACAAGAAGGACAAUGACUACGAUCACAAGAAGGACAAUGACUACGAUCACAAGAAGGAUAAUGACUACGAUCACAAGAAGGACAAUGACUACGAUCACAAGAAGGAUAAUGACUACGACAAGCACGAUAACAAAGAACAAAAAUAUAAACGUUCACCUGCUCCCAAUGAUAACGACAAGAAGAAAGACCACGAUGACUACGGUAACUAUAACAAUGACUAUAAUGACUACGAUGACUACGGUAAUGACUAUAAUAAAAAACAUGAUAAUAAAAAACAUGAUAAAGAUUACAAAUAAAGAGCAAUAUAGCAAUAUAAUUGGUUUCCGUCUUUAAAUUUUACUUUAGCGUAAUAUAUGUAUUAAUAAUAAUGGGGAUUCUUUGGUUUAACAUUUUAUAUAAUUAGGUUUGUUA